CUGUAGUUAGCAAGUGGUUAGUUGAAGGGUAACAGAGGAAAUUGCUCUCGGAUUGAUAAGACAACCCGGCAGAAAGGACGCAUGCUGUUUCAUUAGGAUACAGUCGAUUCACAGAUAUAACCAUGUUUUUGUGGCUUAAAUUCUUGACAUUUGGCUUUGCGUUUCUGGACACUGAUGUCUUUGUCGCAGGACAAAUCACAAAUGGCCCAGUUGCAGGACCGACUGAGGCUGAAAAGCCCCAAACUCUACUUCCAACUGACCCUCCACCUACUCGCUCCACUGCAUUCUCACCCGCAAGCAUCUCUGAAAGAGAAAAUGGUGCCACCAUUCCUCCUCUUAACUCAAAUGUUACUGCAACUGAUGUGUCCUCGGAAUCUGGCCAUAGUGCUAGAACUUUUGCUACUGAUGUGACAGGUGUGUCACCAACCAAGAGCGCUCACCUUACCACCCACGCAGCCUCUCACGCUCCCUCGGAUGGAUCUGUCAAUCCAACACUCAGCAGCAGCCCUGCUGUCUUUCCCACACUCAUCGCUCACACAGCGAAUAAGUCGACAGAUUACAUACCAGAAAUGCUUACACCCACAUCCUUACCUGCAGACUCAAACUCUACACCAGUAACAGAUUUCAAUCCAGCACGCAACAGCUCUGCUGUCCUUCCUUCACUCACUACUGCCAUCACCACCACUGAUAAUGUUUCAGAUCAUUCUGGUUCUACAAACACAGAAACACCUGUAACUGUCACAAGCAACCCUUCAAGCCUUAGCCCUGCCAUGACCGCUUCAACAACAGCAAGUAGUUCAAGACCAGAGCAAUGUGAGUUAUACAAAAAAAUCACUGUGGAUUAUAAAUAUUCCAAUGGAAGCUAUACUGCAAAACUGAAAAUUAAUGAAAUUGAGAUCAGUUGUGUACCUCCUAAUGAGUGUGAAAACCUAAGUGAAUGCUCUUCACCUAAUAUAACAGUUAACAGAACUGUUGUGCCAUGUUCAUUUCCCUUCACAUUAAAUGUGCCACCAGCUCCAAGCCAUUUUAAUUUAAUAAACUCAACAGAAAAAGAAAAAGCAGAUACUUCUAUUAGUUUAGAAUGGGAGUUUACCGAAGACAAUUUAAAUUGCAGAAUGGAUUUACUCUACGGCUUUGAAUGUAAAAACCAGGAUGGUCCAGUACAUUCCAAGAAGCAAUUGGAAAGAAACAUGAUGAAAAGAGAAUUCACUGGCUUGACUCCGCAAACACUUUAUAUUUGCAAAGCCUCUGUUAGAUAUCAGGACCAUAUUGUUAAAAAAGGUGAAAUGAAUAUUACAACAGACUUUGGACCUCCUGAAGCACCCAGCGAUUUGACUUCUACAUCAAUAAAUGACACAAAAAUUGAAAUUUCUUGGGCUGGACCUUCACAACUUUUUCAUGGCUUUUUCAUCAAACAUAACAACUCUAAGGAAAAAGUGGAAGUUCUACCAAAUGUUACCCAUUAUAGUCUGACAAACUUGAAGCCUUAUACACCAUACGGUAUAUCAGUAAGUGCCUUUACUAAAGGAAUGAUAGAACGGGAGGGACCUGCUGUAACUGAAUCCUUUUGGACAGAUAUAGGAAAACCAAGCGUGGUUAGAAAUAUGGUUGUAAAUUUGACAAGUGACAAUAGUGUAAUAGUUGCAUGCGAAGAACCACAAGAUAAAAAUGGUCCCACUUUGACCUACUAUUUGAAUGUGACAUCUUUGUAUGGCAAUAGAUCCCAAAAGAACACAACAUGCAGGUUUGCACUGUACGAUCUUCAUUUCAUGACCAAUCACACAUUUGAGCUCUACACUUACAAUGGCAAGUGCCAUGGAGACCCAGUUACUAGAAGUAAAGUCACCAGAUAUAAUUCCAAAGCACUGAUUAUGUUUCUGAUAUUUCUGAUUAUUGUGACAUCAAUAGCCUUACUAGUUGUUCUUUACAAGAUCUAUGAUCUGCACAAAAAAAGAACAAGUAGUUUUGAUGAACGGGUAGAACUUGUUCCGAGAGAUGAUGAAAAACAGAUAAUGAAUGUAGAGCCAAUCCCUGCAGACCUGUUACUGGAAACAUAUAAGAGGAAGAUUGCUGAUGAGGGAAGACUUUUUCUGGCUGAAUUUCAGAGCAUUCCAAGGAUAUUCAGCAAGUUUCCAAGCAAAGAUGCACGCAAAGCUUUUAACCAGAACAAAAACCGCUAUAUUGACAUCCUUCCCUAUGAUUAUAAUCGUGUUGAACUCUCUGAGAUAAAUGGAGAUGCUGGAUCAGACUAUAUAAAUGCAAGUUAUGUGGACGGUUUCAAAGAGCCAAGGAAAUAUAUUGCUGCCCAAGGUCCAAGAGAAGAAACUGUUGAUGAUUUCUGGAGGAUGAUCUGGGAACAGAAAGUAACUAUUAUUGUCAUGGUCACUCGCUGUGAAGAAGGAAACCGGAACAAGUGUGCUGAAUACUGGCCAACAAUGGAAGAGGGCACUCAAAUUUAUGGAGAUGUUAUUGUAAAGAUACAUGAACACAAAAUAUGUCCAGAUUACAUUGUUCAGAAACUGAAUGUUACAAAUAAAAGGGAGAAAACAACUGGAAGAGAUGUGACACACAUUCAGUUCACCAGCUGGCCUGACCAUGGGGUCCCAGAUGAUCCUCACCUUCUUCUCAAGUUGCGUCGAAGAGUUAAUGCCUUCAGUAACUUUUUCAGUGGUCCCAUUGUUGUCCAUUGCAGUGCUGGUGUUGGCCGUACAGGUACCUACAUUGGAAUUGAUGCUAUGCUGGAGGGACUAGAGGCUGAAAACCGAGUGGAUGUUUACGGCUAUGUUGUCAAGCUUCGGCGACAGAGAUGCCUGAUGGUUCAAGUGGAGGCACAGUACAUCCUGAUUCAUCAGGCUUUGGUAGAGUACAAUCAGUUUGGAGAAACUGAAGUGAGCAUGCUGGAAUUACAUUCCUAUCUAAAUAACCUGAAAAAGAGGGAUCCACCCAGUGAGCCAUCCCCACUGGAGGCAGAAUUCCAGAGACUUCCCUCAUAUAGGAACUGGAGGUCCCAGCACACUGGAAAUCAAGAAGAAAAUAAAAGCAAAAACAGGAAUUCCAAGAUUAUUCCAUAUGACUUUAACAGAGUGCUACUGAAACAUGAACUGGAGACCAGCAAAGAGAGUGAACACGAUUCAGAUGAAUCAUCUGAUGAUGACAGUGACACUGAUGAGCCAAGCAAAUAUAUCAAUGCUUCUUUCAUAACCACUUACUGGAAACCUGAAGUGAUGAUUGCCACCCAAGGGCCACUAAAGGAAACAAUUGCUGACUUCUGGCAAAUGGUCUUUCAAAGAAAAGUCAAAGUUAUUGUAAUGCUGACAGAUCUGAAAGAUGGGGAGCAGGAGGUCUGUGCUCAGUACUGGGGAGAAGGAAAGCAAAAAUAUGAAGAUGUGGAAGUAGAAAUGAAAGACAUGAACAGUUCUACAGCUUAUACUAUUCGUGUAUUUGAACUGAGACAUGCAAAGAGGAAAGAUGUCCGAACAGUCUAUCAAUAUCAGUAUAACAGCUGGAAAGGGGAAGACCUUCCCACCCAACCCAAAGAAUUAAUUUCUAUGAUUCAAAACUUCAAAGAGAAACUUCCAAAGAAACAUGGCAUUGAAGUGCAAAAACAUCACAAGACUGCAUCUCUUCUUGUUCACUGCCGGGAUGGAUCCCAAAAAACAGGAACAUUUUGCGCUUUGUUAAAUCUUUUGGACUCUGCAGAAACAGAAGAUGUAAUCGAUGUUUUUCAAGUAGUGAAAUCUCUGCGCAGAGCCAGGCCAGAAAUGGUUUCAUCCUUUGAACAAUACCAGUUCCUGUAUGAUAUCAUUGCAAACACUUACCCUGCCCAGAAUGGACAAGUAAAGAAAAGCAGCCAUCAACAAGAUAAAAUACAAUUUGACAAUGAAGUGGACACACCAAAUCAGGAUGCUAACUGUGUUAGCUCAUCUGGUAAUCUGGAUAAGACUCAAGAAAAAAGCAGAAAGGAUGAAGAAACAAAGAAUACAGGUGGUAGUAAAGAGACUGAAAGCUCUUCAAAUGGUCCCACAAGUCCAACCUUAAUGGAAAGUACCUAGGGAAGUAUGUGGAUCUAGGGCAUUGUUAAUGAAACCUUUGACAUCCUUUCGUUUUUCUGUCUUCAAGGAGUAGGAAAGGAAAAAAAGGUCUGUUUGAAAUCUGUGGAUCCAUGGAAUUCAUGUAACUAGUGACCACAAUAUUUUUUAAUCCUAGGGAAAUUUAUUUUAUAUAUUUUUUACAAAAUUCUUUGUAUAGUCAAAUGCUUAUUCAAAACAUUUUUCUACUAUUAACUAAUGGGCUUUCUUCAUCAGUUUUUUGUUUGGUUCUGUUUUGUUUUAAGAAGAAAGAUUUCAAGUGAAAGUCAUUUAUCUUAGAGGAGGGUAACUUAUGAACUAUCUUUUAUGACCUCAAAGGGAAAACCACUUUUAAUCAGGUUUGUUAUUUAGUUUGGGACACAUUAUUUUAUCAGUUAAAACCUGUGUGUAGGGCAUGUUUUGAAAUGAAAACAAGUACAUUUUCCAGAAUGACCUCAAGAUGUCCCCAUUGUUCUAUGUAAACUAAUUUCGCAGUUCAAUAUUUGACUCUUAGGAGGGGGCAUCAAAGAGCAGUAGUGUAUGUUUGUGCAAAGUCUAUUAAGGAAAUUCUCUGUAUUACGUCUUGGCAUCCCUACACACCAUGUGUUAGUAUUUAGUCCCCUAUUUUUCCAUGCUUAUUUAACCUAAUUUAAACAGGGUUAACAAAUGAACAUAUUUUGCUGUCUCUGUGUAAUACAUACAACUUGUUUGAUAUAAACUGCUCUCUGUACAGGAUUUGGAAUUAAUUAUUUAGUAUAUUUACAUAUCCUGUGCUACUCCCACCCCUGUCUUUUAUUGUUUGUUGCAAUUGAAGUGAAAUAAACAUCUUUUAAGAGAGACAAACUUGAUAGAUAGUUAACAUACAUAGAAUGGAAAAACUGGAACUGAACAAAUUCAUUUGUAUAAAAUAUUUAUUCCUGAAAGGAUUUUCCAAGAAAUUCUGUAUUUAGUUAUCAGCGAAGCACAGCCCAGUCUGCUUGCUCAUGUUUAUCUUAUUGGAUACUGGUAGUUCAGUAUCAAAGCAUUUACUUCAAAUCUUUCAAAAGCUUUUUUAAAAAAUAUUAAAUGAGGUCAUUGCAAAAUUCAGUAUGAAAUAACCACUAUUUAUGUAUAUAUGUCAGUUACAGAUUUUGAUAAUUUGGAAAAAAUAAUAUUAAACUACAUGUGAUAUAUCCUAAGUGGUACACAUACUAAAACUUACCAAUUGAAAUGCAAUUAAAUACAGGCAAAGGAUAUUGCCUUAACCUCAAGAGCUACAUAAAUGUAAUCAAUUUUCAACAUUAUUAUUUGUGUUGUUCAUAAGAAAUAGAAACCUCAAUGUCCUUGAUAUUUCACUUUAGAACCAUUGAAACUAGGGAUAAAAAGCAUCUGCUUACAAGGAGCUGUGUUGAGGUAAGGUCAUUUCUAUUGGUCAUAUACUGUCCUUAGGUUCGCAGUUGACUAUGACUUACUGACUUAGCUUCCCAGAUGAUUCCAUUGCUUUUUAUUCUCUCCAUAUAUUCAAUGCUAUUCCACAAACAUUUAUUAAGUGCCUACUGUGUGCCAGGCAUUUGGCCAUGUGUAUCACCAUAUUCAUCAACAUAAUGCUUUUUAUUAUUGUUGUUAUUGUCUUUUUUUUGACAAAGGAAAAUGCCUGAAAGCACCUUAAAAGAGUUUUUUUAAGUGAGUGAUGAUUUGGGAGAGCAAAUUUGGGAAACCACGUCAGUACUAUGUACCAGGCCUAUCAUUUAUCACACCAGUUUAGAACUGCUGCAGUGAUAUAUUACCACUUGAUUCCUCAAGUCUCCAUCUGUAGCUUGAGAAAAUAGCUGCUGGACAAUCUAUGUAAAAUACUGCCUAGUAUUCAAGUAUAGGAGAUGUGUGGUUUUCAAACUAUAAGUCUUUCUUCCAUGGCUGACUAUAAGUAGUAGUUUAUUGCACUGGUUCAGAACAGAAGAAUAACCAACAAAAACAACAACAAAAGAGCAAAACAGUUUUGAUAUAGGAUUCAAAAUGUGCAUUUCCCAUUGCUAUUUAAUUCUGUGCUAAGAAGCAUAAAAUAAAGAUUAUUUUUUAAAAAUA